AUGUGUGCUUUAAGCGAGAGCAUGACGGAUUCCAAAAGGGCCUCAUCGGAGGAGAGGAUGGAAGCGAGGGGCAGGGGAGGGUGCAGGCCGGGGAGGGUGCAGGCCGGGGAGGGUGCUGGCUGGGAAGGGUGCUGGCUGGGAAGGGUGCUGGCUGGGAAGGGUGCUGGCUGGGAAGGGUGCUGGCUGGGAAGGGUGCUGGCUGGGAAGGGUGCUGGCUGGGAAGGGUGCUGGCUGGGAAGGGUGCUGGCUGGGAAGGGUGCUGGCUGGGAAGGGUGCUGGCUGGGAAGGGUGCUGGCUGGGAAGGGUGCUGGCUGGGAAGGGUGCUGGCUGGGAAGGGUGCUGGCUGGGAAGGGUGCUGGCUGGGAAGGGUGCUGGCUGGGAAGGGUGCUGGCUGGGAAGGGUGCUGGCUGGGAAGGGUGCUGGCUGGGAAGGGUGCUGGCUGGGAAGGGUGCUGGCUGGGAAGGGUGCUGGCUGGGAAGGGUGCUGGCUGGGAAGGGUGCUGGCUGGGAAGGGUGCUGGCUGGGAAGGGUGCUGGCUGGGAAGGGUGCUGGCUGGGAAGGGUGCUGGCUGGGAAGGGUGCAGGCCGGGGAGGGUGCAGGCCGGGGAGGGUGCUGGCUGGGAAGGGUGCUGGCUGGGAAGGGUGCUGGCUGGGAAGGGUGCUGGCUGGGAAGGGUGCUGGCUGGGAAGGGUGCUGGCUGGGAAGGGUGCUGGCUGGGAAGGGUGCUGGCUGGGAAGGGUGCUGGCUGGGAAGGGUGCUGGCUGGGAAGGGUGCUGGCUGGGAAGGGUGCUGGCUGGGAAGGGUGCUGGCUGGGAAGGGUGCUGGCUGGGAAGGGUGCUGGCUGGGAAGGGUGCUGGCUGGGAAGGGUGCUGGCUGGGAAGGGUGCUGGCUGGGAAGGGUGCUGGCUGGGAAGGGUGCUGGCUGGGAAGGGUGCUGGCUGGGAAGGGUGCUGGCUGGGAAGGGUGCUGGCUGGGAAGGGUGCUGGCUGGGAAGGGUGCUGGCUGGGAAGGGUGCUGGCUGGGAAGGGUGCUGGCUGGGAAGGGUGCUGGCUGGGAAGGGUGCUGGCUGGGAAGGGUGCUGGCUGGGAAGGGUGCUGGCUGGGAAGGGUGCUGGCUGGGAAGGGUGCUGGCUGGGAAGGGUGCUGGCUGGGAAGGGUGCUGGCUGGGAAGGGUGCUGGCUGGGAAGGGUGCUGGCUGGGAAGGGUGCUGGCUGGGAAGGGUGCUGGCUGGGAAGGGUGCUGGCUGGGAAGGGUGCAGGCUGGGGAGGGUGCUGGCUGGGAAGGGUGCUGGCUGGGAAGGGUGCAGGCCGGGGAGGGUGCUGGCUGGGAAGGGUGCAGGCCGGGGAGGGUGCUGGCUGGGAAGGGUGCAGGCCGGGGAGGGUGCUGGCUGGGAAGGGUGCAGGCCGGGGAGGGUGCUGGCUGGGAAGGGUGCAGGCCGGGGAGGGUGCUGGCUGGGAAGGGUGCAGGCCGGGGAGGGUGCUGGCUGGGAAGGGUGCAGGCCGGGGAGGGUGCUGGCUGGGAAGGGUGCAGGCCGGGGAGGGUGCUGGCUGGGAAGGGUGCUGGCUGGGAAGGGUGCAGGCCGGGGAGGGUGCUGGCUGGGAAGGGUGCUGGCUGGGAAGGGUGCUGGCUGGGAAGGGUGCUGGCUGGGAAGGGUGCUGGCUGGGAAGGGUGCUGGCUGGGAAGGGUGCAGGCCGGGGAGGGUGCUGGCUGGGAAGGGUGCAGGCCGGGGAGGGUGCUGGCUGGGAAGGGUGCUGGCUGGGAAGGGUGCAGGCCGGGGAGGGUGCUGGCUGGGAAGGGUGCAGGCCGGGGAGGGUGCUGGCUGGGAAGGGUGCAGGCCGGGGAGGGUGCUGGCUGGGAAGGGUGCUGGCUGGGAAGGGUGCAGGCCGGGGAGGGUGCUGGCUGGGAAGGGUGCUGGCUGGGAAGGGUGCUGGCUGGGAAGGGUGCUGGCUGGGAAGGGUGCUGGCUGGGAAGGGUGCUGGCUGGGAAGGGUGCUGGCUGGGAAGGGUGCUGGCUGGGAAGGGUGCUGGCUGGGAAGGGUGCUGGCUGGGAAGGGUGCUGGCUGGGAAGGGUGCUGGCUGGGAAGGGUGCUGGCUGGGAAGGGUGCUGGCUGGGAAGGGUGCUGGCUGGGAAGGGUGCUGGCUGGGAAGGGUGCUGGCUGGGAAGGGUGCUGGCUGGGAAGGGUGCUGGCUGGGAAGGGUGCUGGCUGGGAAGGGUGCAGGCCGGGGAGGGUGCUGGCUGGGAAGGGUGCUGGCUGGGAAGGGUGCUGGCUGGGAAGGGUGCUGGCUGGGAAGGGUGCUGGCUGGGAAGGGUGCUGGCUGGGAAGGGUGCUGGCUGGGAAGGGUGCUGGCUGGGAAGGGUGCUGGCUGGGAAGGGUGCUGGCUGGGAAGGGUGCUGGCUGGGAAGGGUGCUGGCUGGGAAGGGUGCUGGCUGGGAAGGGUGCUGGCUGGGAAGGGUGCUGGCUGGGAAGGGUGCUGGCUGGGAAGGGUGCUGGCUGGGAAGGGUGCAGGCCGGGGAGGGUGCUGGCUGGGAAGGGUGCUGGCUGGGAAGGGUGCAGGCCGGGGAGGGUGCUGGCUGGGAAGGGUGCAGGCCGGGGAGGGUGCUGGCUGGGAAGGGUGCAGGCCGGGGAGGGUGCUGGCUGGGAAGGGUGCAGGCCGGGGAGGGUGCUGGCUGGGAAGGGUGCAGGCCGGGGAGGGUGCUGGCUGGGAAGGGUGCAGGCCGGGGAGGGUGCUGGCUGGGAAGGGUGCAGGCCGGGGAGGGUGCUGGCUGGGAAGGGUGCAGGCCGGGGAGGGUGCUGGCUGGGAAGGGUGCUGGCUGGGAAGGGUGCAGGCCGGGGAGGGUGCUGGCUGGGAAGGGUGCUGGCUGGGAAGGGUGCUGGCUGGGAAGGGUGCUGGCUGGGAAGGGUGCUGGCUGGGAAGGGUGCUGGCUGGGAAGGGUGCAGGCCGGGGAGGGUGCUGGCUGGGAAGGGUGCAGGCCGGGGAGGGUGCUGGCUGGGAAGGGUGCUGGCUGGGAAGGGUGCAGGCCGGGGAGGGUGCUGGCUGGGAAGGGUGCUGGCUGGGAAGGGUGCAGGCCGGGGAGGGUGCUGGCUGGGAAGGGUGCUGGCUGGGAAGGGUGCUGGCUGGGAAGGGUGCUGGCUGGGAAGGGUGCUGGCUGGGAAGGGUGCUGGCUGGGAAGGGUGCUGGCUGGGAAGGGUGCUGGCUGGGAAGGGUGCUGGCUGGGAAGGGUGCUGGCUGGGAAGGGUGCUGGCUGGGAAGGGUGCUGGCUGGGAAGGGUGCUGGCUGGGAAGGGUGCUGGCUGGGAAGGGUGCUGGCUGGGAAGGGUGCUGGCUGGGAAGGGUGCUGGCUGGGAAGGGUGCUGGCUGGGAAGGGUGCUGGCUGGGAAGGGUGCUGGCUGGGAAGGGUGCUGGCUGGGAAGGGUGCUGGCUGGGAAGGGUGCUGGCUGGGAAGGGUGCUGGCUGGGAAGGGUGCUGGCUGGGAAGGGUGCUGGCCGGGGAGGGUGCUGGCUGGGAAGGGUGCAGGCCGGGGAGGGUGCUGGCUGGGAAGGGUGCAGGCCGGGGAGGGUGCUGGCUGGGAAGGGUGCAGGCCGGGGAGGGUGCUGGCUGGGAAGGGUGCAGGCCGGGGAGGGUGCUGGCUGGGAAGGGUGCAGGCCGGGGAGGGUGCUGGCUGGGAAGGGUGCAGGCCGGGGAGGGUGCUGGCUGGGAAGGGUGCAGGCCGGGGAGGGUGCUGGCUGGGAAGGGUGCAGGCCGGGGAGGGUGCUGGCUGGGAAGGGUGCAGGCCGGGGAGGGUGCUGGCUGGGAAGGGUGCAGGCCGGGGAGGGUGCUGGCUGGGAAGGGUGCAGGCCGGGGAGGGUGCUGGCUGGGAAGGGUGCUGGCUGGGAAGGGUGCAGGCCGGGGAGGGUGCUGGCUGGGAAGGGUGCUGGCUGGGAAGGGUGCUGGCUGGGAAGGGUGCUGGCUGGGAAGGGUGCUGGCUGGGAAGGGUGCUGGCUGGGAAGGGUGCUGGCUGGGAAGGGUGCUGGCUGGGAAGGGUGCUGGCUGGGAAGGGUGCUGGCUGGGAAGGGUGCUGGCUGGGAAGGGUGCUGGCUGGGAAGGGUGCUGGCUGGGAAGGGUGCUGGCUGGGAAGGGUGCUGGCUGGGAAGGGUGCUGGCUGGGAAGGGUGCUGGCUGGGAAGGGUGCUGGCUGGGAAGGGUGCUGGCUGGGAAGGGUGCUGGCUGGGAAGGGUGCUGGCUGGGAAGGGUGCUGGCUGGGAAGGGUGCUGGCUGGGAAGGGUGCUGGCUGGGAAGGGUGCUGGCUGGGAAGGGUGCUGGCUGGGAAGGGUGCUGGCUGGGAAGGGUGCUGGCUGGGAAGGGUGCUGGCUGGGAAGGGUGCUGGCUGGGAAGGGUGCUGGCUGGGAAGGGUGCUGGCUGGGAAGGGUGCUGGCUGGGAAGGGUGCUGGCUGGGAAGGGUGCUGGCUGGGAAGGGUGCUGGCUGGGAAGGGUGCUGGCUGGGAAGGGUGCAGGCCGGGGAGGGUGCUGGCUGGGAAGGGUGCUGGCUGGGAAGGGUGCAGGCCGGGGAGGGUGCUGGCUGGGAAGGGUGCAGGCCGGGAAGGGUGCAGGCCGGGGAGGGUGCUGGCUGGGAAGGGUGCUGGCUGGGAAGGGUGCUGGCUGGGAAGGGUGCUGGCUGGGAAGGGUGCUGGCUGGGAAGGGUGCUGGCUGGGAAGGGUGCUGGCUGGGAAGGGUGCUGGCUGGGAAGGGUGCUGGCUGGGAAGGGUGCUGGCUGGGAAGGGUGCUGGCUGGGAAGGGUGCUGGCUGGGAAGGGUGCUGGCUGGGAAGGGUGCUGGCUGGGAAGGGUGCUGGCUGGGAAGGGUGCUGGCUGGGAAGGGUGCUGGCUGGGAAGGGUGCUGGCUGGGAAGGGUGCUGGCUGGGAAGGGUGCUGGCUGGGAAGGGUGCUGGCUGGGAAGGGUGCUGGCUGGGAAGGGUGCUGGCUGGGAAGGGUGCAGGCCGGGGAGGGUGCUGGCUGGGAAGGGUGCAGGCCGGGGAGGGUGCUGGCUGGGAAGGGUGCAGGCCGGGGAGGGUGCUGGCUGGGAAGGGUGCAGGCCGGGGAGGGUGCUGGCUGGGAAGGGUGCAGGCCGGGGAGGGUGCUGGCUGGGAAGGGUGCAGGCCGGGGAGGGUGCUGGCUGGGAAGGGUGCUGGCUGGGAAGGGUGCAGGCCGGGGAGGGUGCUGGCUGGGAAGGGUGCUGGCUGGGAAGGGUGCUGGCUGGGAAGGGUGCUGGCUGGGAAGGGUGCUGGCUGGGAAGGGUGCUGGCUGGGAAGGGUGCAGGCCGGGGAGGGUGCUGGCUGGGAAGGGUGCAGGCCGGGGAGGGUGCUGGCUGGGAAGGGUGCUGGCUGGGAAGGGUGCAGGCCGGGGAGGGUGCUGGCUGGGAAGGGUGCUGGCUGGGAAGGGUGCUGGCUGGGAAGGGUGCUGGCUGGGAAGGGUGCUGGCUGGGAAGGGUGCUGGCUGGGAAGGGUGCAGGCCGGGGAGGGUGCUGGCUGGGAAGGGUGCAGGCCGGGGAGGGUGCUGGCUGGGAAGGGUGCAGGCCGGGGAGGGUGCUGGCUGGGAAGGGUGCAGGCCGGGGAGGGUGCUGGCUGGGAAGGGUGCAGGCCGGGGAGGGUGCUGGCUGGGAAGGGUGCAGGCCGGGGAGGGUGCUGGCUGGGAAGGGUGCUGGCUGGGAAGGGUGCAGGCCGGGGAGGGUGCUGGCUGGGAAGGGUGCUGGCUGGGAAGGGUGCUGGCUGGGAAGGGUGCUGGCUGGGAAGGGUGCUGGCUGGGAAGGGUGCUGGCUGGGAAGGGUGCUGGCUGGGAAGGGUGCUGGCUGGGAAGGGUGCUGGCUGGGAAGGGUGCUGGCUGGGAAGGGUGCUGGCUGGGAAGGGUGCUGGCUGGGAAGGGUGCUGGCUGGGAAGGGUGCUGGCUGGGAAGGGUGCUGGCUGGGAAGGGUGCUGGCUGGGAAGGGUGCUGGCUGGGAAGGGUGCUGGCUGGGAAGGGUGCUGGCUGGGAAGGGUGCUGGCUGGGAAGGGUGCUGGCUGGGAAGGGUGCUGGCUGGGAAGGGUGCUGGCUGGGAAGGGUGCUGGCUGGGAAGGGUGCUGGCUGGGAAGGGUGCUGGCUGGGAAGGGUGCUGGCUGGGAAGGGUGCUGGCUGGGAAGGGUGCUGGCUGGGAAGGGUGCUGGCUGGGAAGGGUGCUGGCUGGGAAGGGUGCUGGCUGGGAAGGGUGCUGGCUGGGAAGGGUGCUGGCUGGGAAGGGUGCUGGCUGGGAAGGGUGCUGGCUGGGAAGGGUGCUGGCUGGGAAGGGUGCUGGCUGGGAAGGGUGCUGGCUGGGAAGGGUGCUGGCUGGGAAGGGUGCAGGCCGGGGAGGGUGCUGGCUGGGAAGGGUGCUGGCUGGGAAGGGUGCAGGCCGGGGAGGGUGCUGGCUGGGAAGGGUGCAGGCCGGGGAGGGUGCUGGCUGGGAAGGGUGCUGGCUGGGAAGGGUGCAGGCCGGGGAGGGUGCUGGCUGGGAAGGGUGCAGGCCGGGGAGGGUGCUGGCUGGGAAGGGUGCUGGCUGGGAAGGGUGCUGGCUGGGAAGGGUGCUGGCUGGGAAGGGUGCUGGCUGGGAAGGGUGCUGGCUGGGAAGGGUGCUGGCUGGGAAGGGUGCUGGCUGGGAAGGGUGCUGGCUGGGAAGGGUGCUGGCUGGGAAGGGUGCUGGCUGGGAAGGGUGCUGGCUGGGAAGGGUGCUGGCUGGGAAGGGUGCUGGCUGGGAAGGGUGCUGGCUGGGAAGGGUGCUGGCUGGGAAGGGUGCUGGCUGGGAAGGGUGCUGGCUGGGAAGGGUGCUGGCUGGGAAGGGUGCUGGCUGGGAAGGGUGCUGGCUGGGAAGGGUGCAGGCCGGGAAGGGUGCUGGCUGGGAAGGGUGCAGGCCGGGGAGGGUGCUGGCUGGGAAGGGUGCAGGCCGGGGAGGGUGCUGGCUGGGAAGGGUGCUGGCUGGGAAGGGUGCAGGCCGGGGAGGGUGCUGGCUGGGAAGGGUGCUGGCUGGGAAGGGUGCUGGCUGGGAAGGGUGCUGGCUGGGAAGGGUGCUGGCUGGGAAGGGUGCUGGCUGGGAAGGGUGCAGGCCGGGGAGGGUGCUGGCUGGGAAGGGUGCAGGCCGGGGAGGGUGCUGGCUGGGAAGGGUGCAGGCCGGGGAGGGUGCUGGCUGGGAAGGGUGCAGGCCGGGGAGGGUGCUGGCUGGGAAGGGUGCAGGCCGGGGAGGGUGCUGGCUGGGAAGGGUGCAGGCCGGGGAGGGUGCUGGCUGGGAAGGGUGCUGGCUGGGAAGGGUGCAGGCCGGGGAGGGUGCUGGCUGGGAAGGGUGCUGGCUGGGAAGGGUGCUGGCUGGGAAGGGUGCUGGCUGGGAAGGGUGCUGGCUGGGAAGGGUGCUGGCUGGGAAGGGUGCUGGCUGGGAAGGGUGCUGGCUGGGAAGGGUGCUGGCUGGGAAGGGUGCUGGCUGGGAAGGGUGCUGGCUGGGAAGGGUGCUGGCUGGGAAGGGUGCUGGCUGGGAAGGGUGCUGGCUGGGAAGGGUGCUGGCUGGGAAGGGUGCUGGCUGGGAAGGGUGCUGGCUGGGAAGGGUGCUGGCUGGGAAGGGUGCUGGCUGGGAAGGGUGCUGGCUGGGAAGGGUGCUGGCUGGGAAGGGUGCUGGCUGGGAAGGGUGCUGGCUGGGAAGGGUGCUGGCUGGGAAGGGUGCUGGCUGGGAAGGGUGCUGGCUGGGAAGGGUGCUGGCUGGGAAGGGUGCUGGCUGGGAAGGGUGCUGGCUGGGAAGGGUGCUGGCUGGGAAGGGUGCUGGCUGGGAAGGGUGCUGGCUGGGAAGGGUGCUGGCUGGGAAGGGUGCUGGCUGGGAAGGGUGCUGGCUGGGAAGGGUGCUGGCUGGGAAGGGUGCUGGCUGGGAAGGGUGCUGGCUGGGAAGGGUGCUGGCUGGGAAGGGUGCUGGCUGGGAAGGGUGCUGGCUGGGAAGGGUGCUGGCUGGGAAGGGUGCUGGCUGGGAAGGGUGCUGGCUGGGAAGGGUGCUGGCUGGGAAGGGUGCAGGCCGGGAAGGGUGCUGGCUGGGAAGGGUGCAGGCCGGGGAGGGUGCUGGCUGGGAAGGGUGCAGGCCGGGGAGGGUGCUGGCUGGGAAGGGUGCUGGCUGGGAAGGGUGCAGGCCGGGGAGGGUGCUGGCUGGGAAGGGUGCAGGCCGGGGAGGGUGCUGGCUGGGAAGGGUGCUGGCUGGGAAGGGUGCAGGCCGGGGAGGGUGCUGGCUGGGAAGGGUGCAGGCCGGGGAGGGUGCUGGCUGGGAAGGGUGCAGGCCGGGGAGGGUGCUGGCUGGGAAGGGUGCUGGCUGGGAAGGGUGCUGGCUGGGAAGGGUGCUGGCUGGGAAGGGUGCUGGCUGGGAAGGGUGCUGGCUGGGAAGGGUGCUGGCUGGGAAGGGUGCUGGCUGGGAAGGGUGCAGGCCGGGAAGGGUGCUGGCUGGGAAGGGUGCUGGCUGGGAAGGGUGCUGGCUGGGAAGGGUGCUGGCUGGGAAGGGUGCUGGCUGGGAAGGGUGCUGGCUGGGAAGGGUGCUGGCUGGGAAGGGUGCUGGCUGGGAAGGGUGCUGGCUGGGAAGGGUGCUGGCUGGGAAGGGUGCAGGCCGGGGAGGGUGCUGGCUGGGAAGGGUGCUGGCUGGGAAGGGUGCAGGCCGGGGAGGGUGCUGGCUGGGAAGGGUGCUGGCUGGGAAGGGUGCUGGCUGGGAAGGGUGCUGGCUGGGAAGGGUGCUGGCUGGGAAGGGUGCUGGCUGGGAAGGGUGCUGGCUGGGAAGGGUGCUGGCUGGGAAGGGUGCUGGCUGGGAAGGGUGCUGGCUGGGAAGGGUGCUGGCUGGGAAGGGUGCUGGCUGGGAAGGGUGCUGGCUGGGAAGGGUGCUGGCUGGGAAGGGUGCUGGCUGGGAAGGGUGCUGGCUGGGAAGGGUGCUGGCUGGGAAGGGUGCUGGCUGGGAAGGGUGCUGGCUGGGAAGGGUGCUGGCUGGGAAGGGUGCUGGCUGGGAAGGGUGCAGGCCGGGGAGGGUGCUGGCUGGGAAGGGUGCUGGCUGGGAAGGGUGCUGGCUGGGAAGGGUGCUGGCUGGGAAGGGUGCUGGCUGGGAAGGGUGCUGGCUGGGAAGGGUGCUGGCUGGGAAGGGUGCAGGCCGGGGAGGGUGCUGGCUGGGAAGGGUGCUGGCUGGGAAGGGUGCAGGCCGGGGAGGGUGCUGGCUGGGAAGGGUGCUGGCUGGGAAGGGUGCUGGCUGGGAAGGGUGCUGGCUGGGAAGGGUGCUGGCUGGGAAGGGUGCUGGCUGGGAAGGGUGCUGGCUGGGAAGGGUGCUGGCUGGGAAGGGUGCUGGCUGGGAAGGGUGCUGGCUGGGAAGGGUGCUGGCUGGGAAGGGUGCUGGCUGGGAAGGGUGCUGGCUGGGAAGGGUGCUGGCUGGGAAGGGUGCUGGCUGGGAAGGGUGCUGGCUGGGAAGGGUGCUGGCUGGGAAGGGUGCUGGCUGGGAAGGGUGCUGGCUGGGAAGGGUGCUGGCUGGGAAGGGUGCAGGCCGGGAAGGGUGCUGGCUGGGAAGGGUGCAGGCCGGGGAGGGUGCUGGCUGGGAAGGGUGCAGGCCGGGGAGGGUGCUGGCUGGGAAGGGUGCUGGCUGGGAAGGGUGCAGGCCGGGGAGGGUGCUGGCUGGGAAGGGUGCUGGCUGGGAAGGGUGCUGGCUGGGAAGGGUGCUGGCUGGGAAGGGUGCUGGCUGGGAAGGGUGCUGGCUGGGAAGGGUGCUGGCUGGGAAGGGUGCUGGCUGGGAAGGGUGCAGGCCGGGGAGGGUGCUGGCUGGGAAGGGUGCAGGCCGGGGAGGGUGCUGGCUGGGAAGGGUGCAGGCUGGGAAGGGUGCAGGCCGGGGAGGGUGCUGGCUGGGAAGGGUGCAGGCUGGGAAGGGUGCUGGCUGGGAAGGGUGCUGGCUGGGAAGGGUGCUGGCUGGGAAGGGUGCUGGCUGGGAAGGGUGCUGGCUGGGAAGGGUGCUGGCUGGGAAGGGUGCUGGCUGGGAAGGGUGCUGGCUGGGAAGGGUGCUGGCUGGGAAGGGUGCUGGCUGGGAAGGGUGCUGGCUGGGAAGGGUGCUGGCUGGGAAGGGUGCUGGCUGGGAAGGGUGCUGGCUGGGAAGGGUGCUGGCUGGGAAGGGUGCUGGCUGGGAAGGGUGCUGGCUGGGAAGGGUGCUGGCUGGGAAGGGUGCUGGCUGGGAAGGGUGCUGGCUGGGAAGGGUGCAGGCCGGGGAGGGUGCUGGCUGGGAAGGGUGCUGGCUGGGAAGGGUGCAGGCCGGGGAGGGUGCUGGCUGGGAAGGGUGCAGGCCGGGGAGGGUGCUGGCUGGGAAGGGUGCUGGCUGGGAAGGGUGCAGGCCGGGGAGGGUGCUGGCUGGGAAGGGUGCAGGCCGGGGAGGGUGCUGGCUGGGAAGGGUGCAGGCCGGGGAGGGUGCUGGCUGGGAAGGGUGCUGGCUGGGAAGGGUGCUGGCUGGGAAGGGUGCUGGCUGGGAAGGGUGCUGGCUGGGAAGGGUGCUGGCUGGGAAGGGUGCUGGCUGGGAAGGGUGCUGGCUGGGAAGGGUGCAGGCCGGGAAGGGUGCUGGCUGGGAAGGGUGCUGGCUGGGAAGGGUGCUGGCUGGGAAGGGUGCUGGCUGGGAAGGGUGCUGGCUGGGAAGGGUGCUGGCUGGGAAGGGUGCUGGCUGGGAAGGGUGCUGGCUGGGAAGGGUGCUGGCUGGGAAGGGUGCUGGCUGGGAAGGGUGCAGGCCGGGGAGGGUGCUGGCUGGGAAGGGUGCUGGCUGGGAAGGGUGCAGGCCGGGGAGGGUGCUGGCUGGGAAGGGUGCUGGCUGGGAAGGGUGCUGGCUGGGAAGGGUGCUGGCUGGGAAGGGUGCUGGCUGGGAAGGGUGCUGGCUGGGAAGGGUGCUGGCUGGGAAGGGUGCUGGCUGGGAAGGGUGCUGGCUGGGAAGGGUGCUGGCUGGGAAGGGUGCUGGCUGGGAAGGGUGCUGGCUGGGAAGGGUGCUGGCUGGGAAGGGUGCUGGCUGGGAAGGGUGCUGGCUGGGAAGGGUGCUGGCUGGGAAGGGUGCUGGCUGGGAAGGGUGCUGGCUGGGAAGGGUGCUGGCUGGGAAGGGUGCUGGCUGGGAAGGGUGCAGGCCGGGGAGGGUGCUGGCUGGGAAGGGUGCUGGCUGGGAAGGGUGCUGGCUGGGAAGGGUGCUGGCUGGGAAGGGUGCUGGCUGGGAAGGGUGCUGGCUGGGAAGGGUGCUGGCUGGGAAGGGUGCAGGCCGGGGAGGGUGCUGGCUGGGAAGGGUGCUGGCUGGGAAGGGUGCAGGCCGGGGAGGGUGCUGGCUGGGAAGGGUGCUGGCUGGGAAGGGUGCUGGCUGGGAAGGGUGCUGGCUGGGAAGGGUGCUGGCUGGGAAGGGUGCUGGCUGGGAAGGGUGCUGGCUGGGAAGGGUGCUGGCUGGGAAGGGUGCUGGCUGGGAAGGGUGCUGGCUGGGAAGGGUGCUGGCUGGGAAGGGUGCUGGCUGGGAAGGGUGCUGGCUGGGAAGGGUGCUGGCUGGGAAGGGUGCUGGCUGGGAAGGGUGCUGGCUGGGAAGGGUGCUGGCUGGGAAGGGUGCUGGCUGGGAAGGGUGCUGGCUGGGAAGGGUGCUGGCUGGGAAGGGUGCUGGCUGGGAAGGGUGCAGGCCGGGAAGGGCCGGGGAGGGUGCUGGCUGGGAAGGGUGCUGGCUGGGAAGGGUGCUGGCUGGGAAGGGUGCUGGCUGGGAAGGGUGCUGGCUGGGAAGGGUGCUGGCCGGGGAGGGUGCAGGCCGGGGAGGGUGCUGGCUGGGAAGGGUGCAGGCCGGGGAGGGUGCUGGCUGGGAAGGGUGCAGGCUGGGAAGGGUGCAGGCCGGGGAGGGUGCUGGCUGGGAAGGGUGCAGGCCGGGGAGGGUGCUGGCUGGGAAGGGUGCUGGCUGGGAAGGGUGCUGGCUGGGAAGGGUGCUGGCUGGGAAGGGUGCUGGCUGGGAAGGGUGCUGGCCGGGGAGGGUGCUGGCUGGGAAGGGUGCAGGCCGGGGAGGGUGCAGGCCGGGGAGGGUGCUGGCUGGGAAGGGUGCAGGCCGGGGAGGGUGCUGGCUGGGAAGGGUGCAGGCCGGGGAGGGUGCUGGCUGGGAAGGGUGCAGGCCGGGGAGGGUGCUGGCUGGGAAGGGUGCAGGCCGGGGAGGGUGCUGGCUGGGAAGGGUGCUGGCUGGGAAGGGUGCUGGCUGGGAAGGGUGCUGGCUGGGAAGGGUGCUGGCUGGGAAGGGUGCUGGCUGGGAAGGGUGCUGGCUGGGAAGGGUGCUGGCUGGGAAGGGUGCAGGCCGGGAAGGGUGCUGGCUGGGAAGGGUGCUGGCUGGGAAGGGUGCUGGCUGGGAAGGGUGCUGGCUGGGAAGGGUGCUGGCUGGGAAGGGUGCUGGCUGGGAAGGGUGCUGGCUGGGAAGGGUGCUGGCUGGGAAGGGUGCUGGCUGGGAAGGGUGCUGGCUGGGAAGGGUGCAGGCCGGGGAGGGUGCUGGCUGGGAAGGGUGCUGGCUGGGAAGGGUGCAGGCCGGGGAGGGUGCUGGCUGGGAAGGGUGCUGGCUGGGAAGGGUGCUGGCUGGGAAGGGUGCUGGCUGGGAAGGGUGCUGGCUGGGAAGGGUGCUGGCUGGGAAGGGUGCUGGCUGGGAAGGGUGCUGGCUGGGAAGGGUGCUGGCUGGGAAGGGUGCUGGCUGGGAAGGGUGCUGGCUGGGAAGGGUGCUGGCUGGGAAGGGUGCUGGCUGGGAAGGGUGCAGGCCGGGGAGGGUGCUGGCUGGGAAGGGUGCUGGCUGGGAAGGGUGCAGGCCGGGGAGGGUGCUGGCUGGGAAGGGUGCUGGCUGGGAAGGGUGCUGGCUGGGAAGGGUGCUGGCUGGGAAGGGUGCUGGCUGGGAAGGGUGCUGGCUGGGAAGGGUGCUGGCUGGGAAGGGUGCUGGCUGGGAAGGGUGCUGGCUGGGAAGGGUGCUGGCUGGGAAGGGUGCUGGCUGGGAAGGGUGCUGGCUGGGAAGGGUGCUGGCUGGGAAGGGUGCUGGCUGGGAAGGGUGCUGGCUGGGAAGGGUGCUGGCUGGGAAGGGUGCUGGCUGGGAAGGGUGCUGGCUGGGAAGGGUGCAGGCCGGGGAGGGUGCUGGCUGGGAAGGGUGCUGGCUGGGAAGGGUGCUGGCUGGGAAGGGUGCUGGCUGGGAAGGGUGCUGGCUGGGAAGGGUGCUGGCUGGGAAGGGUGCUGGCUGGGAAGGGUGCUGGCUGGGAAGGGUGCUGGCUGGGAAGGGUGCUGGCUGGGAAGGGUGCUGGCUGGGAAGGGUGCUGGCUGGGAAGGGUGCUGGCUGGGAAGGGUGCUGGCUGGGAAGGGUGCUGGCUGGGAAGGGUGCUGGCUGGGAAGGGUGCUGGCUGGGAAGGGUGCUGGCUGGGAAGGGUGCUGGCUGGGAAGGGUGCUGGCUGGGAAGGGUGCUGGCUGGGAAGGGUGCUGGCUGGGAAGGGUGCUGGCUGGGAAGGGUGCUGGCUGGGAAGGGUGCUGGCUGGGAAGGGUGCUGGCUGGGAAGGGUGCUGGCUGGGAAGGGUGCAGGCCGGGGAGGGUGCUGGCUGGGAAGGGUGCUGGCUGGGAAGGGUGCUGGCUGGGAAGGGUGCUGGCUGGGAAGGGUGCUGGCUGGGAAGGGUGCUGGCUGGGAAGGGUGCUGGCUGGGAAGGGUGCUGGCUGGGAAGGGUGCUGGCUGGGAAGGGUGCUGGCUGGGAAGGGUGCUGGCUGGGAAGGGUGCUGGCUGGGAAGGGUGCUGGCUGGGAAGGGUGCUGGCUGGGAAGGGUGCAGGCCGGGAGGGUGCUGGCUGGGAAGGGUGCUGGCUGGGAAGGGUGCUGGCUGGGAAGGGUGCUGGCUGGGAAGGGUGCUGGCUGGGAAGGGUGCUGGCUGGGAAGGGUGCUGGCUGGGAAGGGUGCUGGCUGGGAAGGGUGCUGGCUGGGAAGGGUGCUGGCUGGGAAGGGUGCUGGCUGGGAAGGGUGCUGGCUGGGAAGGGUGCUGGCUGGGAAGGGUGCUGGCUGGGAAGGGUGCUGGCUGGGAAGGGUGCUGGCUGGGAAGGGUGCUGGCUGGGAAGGGUGCUGGCUGGGAAGGGUGCUGGCUGGGAAGGGUGCUGGCUGGGAAGGGUGCUGGCUGGGAAGGGUGCUGGCUGGGAAGGGUGCUGGCUGGGAAGGGUGCUGGCUGGGAAGGGUGCUGGCUGGGAAGGGUGCUGGCUGGGAAGGGUGCUGGCUGGGAAGGGUGCUGGCUGGGAAGGGUGCUGGCUGGGAAGGGUGCUGGCUGGGAAGGGUGCUGGCUGGGAAGGGUGCUGGCUGGGAAGGGUGCUGGCUGGGAAGGGUGCUGGCUGGGAAGGGUGCUGGCUGGGAAGGGUGCUGGCUGGGAAGGGUGCAGGCCGGGGAGGGUGCUGGCUGGGAAGGGUGCUGGCUGGGAAGGGUGCUGGCUGGGAAGGGUGCUGGCUGGGAAGGGUGCUGGCUGGGAAGGGUGCUGGCUGGGAAGGGUGCUGGCUGGGAAGGGUGCUGGCUGGGAAGGGUGCUGGCUGGGAAGGGUGCUGGCUGGGAAGGGUGCUGGCUGGGAAGGGUGCUGGCUGGGAAGGGUGCUGGCUGGGAAGGGUGCUGGCUGGGAAGGGUGCUGGCUGGGAAGGGUGCUGGCUGGGAAGGGUGCUGGCUGGGAAGGGUGCUGGCUGGGAAGGGUGCUGGCUGGGAAGGGUGCUGGCUGGGAAGGGUGCUGGCUGGGAAGGGUGCUGGCUGGGAAGGGUGCUGGCUGGGAAGGGUGCUGGCUGGGAAGGGUGCUGGCUGGGAAGGGUGCUGGCUGGGAAGGGUGCUGGCUGGGAAGGGUGCUGGCUGGGAAGGGUGCUGGCUGGGAAGGGUGCUGGCUGGGAAGGGUGCUGGCUGGGAAGGGUGCUGGCUGGGAAGGGUGCUGGCUGGGAAGGGUGCUGGCUGGGAAGGGUGCUGGCUGGGAAGGGUGCUGGCUGGGAAGGGUGCUGGCUGGGAAGGGUGCUGGCUGGGAAGGGUGCUGGCUGGGAAGGGUGCUGGCUGGGAAGGGUGCUGGCUGGGAAGGGUGCUGGCUGGGAAGGGUGCUGGCUGGGAAGGGUGCUGGCUGGGAAGGGUGCUGGCUGGGAAGGGUGCUGGCUGGGAAGGGUGCUGGCUGGGAAGGGUGCUGGCUGGGAAGGGUGCUGGCUGGGAAGGGUGCUGGCUGGGAAGGGUGCUGGCUGGGAAGGGUGCUGGCUGGGAAGGGUGCUGGCUGGGAAGGGUGCUGGCUGGGAAGGGUGCUGGCUGGGAAGGGUGCUGGCUGGGAAGGGUGCUGGCUGGGAAGGGUGCUGGCUGGGAGGGUGCUGGCUGGGAAGGGUGCUGGCUGGGAAGGGUGCUGGCUGGGAAGGGUGCUGGCUGGGAAGGGUGCUGGCUGGGAAGGGUGCUGGCUGGGAAGGGUGCUGGCUGGGAAGGGUGCUGGCUGGGAAGGGUGCUGGCUGGGAAGGGUGCUGGCUGGGAAGGGUGCUGGCUGGGAAGGGUGCUGGCUGGGAAGGGUGCUGGCUGGGAAGGGUGCUGGCUGGGAAGGGUGCUGGCUGGGAAGGGUGCUGGCUGGGAAGGGUGCUGGCUGGGAAGGGUGCUGGCUGGGAAGGGUGCUGGCUGGGAAGGGUGCUGGCUGGGAAGGGUGCUGGCUGGGAAGGGUGCUGGCUGGGAAGGGUGCUGGCUGGGAAGGGUGCUGGCUGGGAAGGGUGCUGGCUGGGAAGGGUGCUGGCUGGGAAGGGUGCUGGCUGGGAAGGGUGCUGGCUGGGAAGGGUGCUGGCUGGGAAGGGUGCUGGCUGGGAAGGGUGCUGGCUGGGAAGGGUGCUGGCUGGGAAGGGUGCUGGCUGGGAAGGGUGCUGGCUGGGAAGGGUGCUGGCUGGGAAGGGUGCUGGCUGGGAAGGGUGCUGGCUGGGAAGGGUGCUGGCUGGGAAGGGUGCUGGCUGGGAAGGGUGCUGGCUGGGAAGGGUGCUGGCUGGGAAGGGUGCUGGCUGGGAAGGGUGCUGGCUGGGAAGGGUGCUGGCUGGGAAGGGUGCUGGCUGGGAGGGUGCUGGCUGGGAAGGGUGCUGGCUGGGAAGGGUGCUGGCUGGGAAGGGUGCUGGCUGGGAAGGGUGCUGGCUGGGAAGGGUGCUGGCUGGGAAGGGUGCUGGCUGGGAAGGGUGCUGGCUGGGAAGGGUGCUGGCUGGGAAGGGUGCUGGCUGGGAAGGGUGCUGGCUGGGAAGGGUGCUGGCUGGGAAGGGUGCUGGCUGGGAAGGGUGCUGGCUGGGAAGGGUGCUGGCUGGGAAGGGUGCUGGCUGGGAAGGGUGCUGGCUGGGAAGGGUGCUGGCUGGGAAGGGUGCUGGCUGGGAAGGGUGCUGGCUGGGAAGGGUGCUGGCUGGGAAGGGUGCUGGCUGGGAAGGGUGCUGGCUGGGAAGGGUGCUGGCUGGGAAGGGUGCUGGCUGGGAAGGGUGCUGGCUGGGAAGGGUGCUGGCUGGGAAGGGUGCUGGCUGGGAAGGGUGCUGGCUGGGAAGGGUGCUGGCUGGGAAGGGUGCUGGCUGGGAAGGGUGCUGGCUGGGAAGGGUGCUGGCUGGGAAGGGUGCUGGCUGGGAAGGGUGCUGGCUGGGAAGGGUGCUGGCUGGGAAGGGUGCUGGCUGGGAAGGGUGCUGGCUGGGAAGGGUGCUGGCUGGGAAGGGUGCUGGCUGGGAAGGGUGCUGGCUGGGAAGGGUGCUGGCUGGGAAGGGUGCUGGCUGGGAAGGGUGCUGGCUGGGAAGGGUGCUGGCUGGGAAGGGUGCUGGCUGGGAAGGGUGCUGGCUGGGAAGGGUGCUGGCUGGGAAGGGUGCUGGCUGGGAAGGGUGCUGGCUGGGAAGGGUGCUGGCUGGGAAGGGUGCUGGCUGGGAAGGGUGCUGGCUGGGAAGGGUGCUGGCUGGGAAGGGUGCUGGCUGGGAAGGGUGCUGGCUGGGAAGGGUGCUGGCUGGGAAGGGUGCUGGCUGGGAAGGGUGCUGGCUGGGAAGGGUGCUGGCUGGGAAGGGUGCUGGCUGGGAAGGGUGCUGGCUGGGAAGGGUGCUGGCUGGGAAGGGUGCUGGCUGGGAAGGGUGCUGGCUGGGAAGGGUGCUGGCUGGGAAGGGUGCUGGCUGGGAAGGGUGCUGGCUGGGAAGGGUGCUGGCUGGGAAGGGUGCUGGCUGGGAAGGGUGCUGGCUGGGAAGGGUGCUGGCUGGGAAGGGUGCUGGCUGGGAAGGGUGCUGGCUGGGAAGGGUGCUGGCUGGGAAGGGUGCUGGCUGGGAAGGGUGCUGGCUGGGAAGGGUGCUGGCUGGGAAGGGUGCUGGCUGGGAAGGGUGCUGGCUGGGAAGGGUGCUGGCUGGGAAGGGUGCUGGCUGGGAAGGGUGCUGGCUGGGAAGGGUGCUGGCUGGGAAGGGUGCUGGCUGGGAAGGGUGCUGGCUGGGAAGGGUGCUGGCUGGGAAGGGUGCUGGCUGGGAAGGGUGCUGGCUGGGAAGGGUGCUGGCUGGGAAGGGUGCUGGCUGGGAAGGGUGCUGGCUGGGAAGGGUGCUGGCUGGGAAGGGUGCUGGCUGGGAAGGGUGCUGGCUGGGAAGGGUGCUGGCUGGGAAGGGUGCUGGCUGGGAAGGGUGCUGGCUGGGAAGGGUGCUGGCUGGGAAGGGUGCUGGCUGGGAAGGGUGCUGGCUGGGAAGGGUGCUGGCUGGGAAGGGUGCUGGCUGGGAAGGGUGCUGGCUGGGAAGGGUGCUGGCUGGGAAGGGUGCUGGCUGGGAAGGGUGCUGGCUGGGAAGGGUGCUGGCUGGGAAGGGUGCUGGCUGGGAAGGGUGCUGGCUGGGAAGGGUGCUGGCUGGGAAGGGUGCUGGCUGGGAAGGGUGCUGGCUGGGAAGGGUGCUGGCUGGGAAGGGUGCUGGCUGGGAAGGGUGCUGGCUGGGAAGGGUGCUGGCUGGGAAGGGUGCUGGCUGGGAAGGGUGCUGGCUGGGAAGGGUGCUGGCUGGGAAGGGUGCUGGCUGGGAAGGGUGCUGGCUGGGAAGGGUGCUGGCUGGGAAGGGUGCUGGCUGGGAAGGGUGCUGGCUGGGAAGGGUGCUGGCUGGGAAGGGUGCUGGCUGGGAAGGGUGCUGGCUGGGAAGGGUGCUGGCUGGGAAGGGUGCUGGCUGGGAAGGGUGCUGGCUGGGAAGGGUGCUGGCUGGGAAGGGUGCUGGCUGGGAAGGGUGCUGGCUGGGAAGGGUGCUGGCUGGGAAGGGUGCUGGCUGGGAAGGGUGCUGGCUGGGAAGGGUGCUGGCUGGGAAGGGUGCUGGCUGGGAAGGGUGCUGGCUGGGAAGGGUGCUGGCUGGGAAGGGUGCUGGCUGGGAAGGGUGCUGGCUGGGAAGGGUGCUGGCUGGGAAGGGUGCUGGCUGGGAAGGGUGCUGGCUGGGAAGGGUGCUGGCUGGGAAGGGUGCUGGCUGGGAAGGGUGCUGGCUGGGAAGGGUGCUGGCUGGGAAGGGUGCUGGCUGGGAAGGGUGCUGGCUGGGAAGGGUGCUGGCUGGGAAGGGUGCUGGCUGGGAAGGGUGCUGGCUGGGAAGGGUGCUGGCUGGGAAGGGUGCUGGCUGGGAAGGGUGCUGGCUGGGAAGGGUGCUGGCUGGGAAGGGUGCUGGCUGGGAAGGGUGCUGGCUGGGAAGGGUGCUGGCUGGGAAGGGUGCUGGCUGGGAAGGGUGCUGGCUGGGAAGGGUGCUGGCUGGGAAGGGUGCUGGCUGGGAAGGGUGCUGGCUGGGAAGGGUGCUGGCUGGGAAGGGUGCUGGCUGGGAAGGGUGCUGGCUGGGAAGGGUGCUGGCUGGGAAGGGUGCUGGCUGGGAAGGGUGCUGGCUGGGAAGGGUGCUGGCUGGGAAGGGUGCUGGCUGGGAAGGGUGCUGGCUGGGAAGGGUGCUGGCUGGGAAGGGUGCUGGCUGGGAAGGGUGCUGGCUGGGAAGGGUGCUGGCUGGGAAGGGUGCUGGCUGGGAAGGGUGCUGGCUGGGAAGGGUGCUGGCUGGGAAGGGUGCUGGCUGGGAAGGGUGCUGGCUGGGAAGGGUGCUGGCUGGGAAGGGUGCUGGCUGGGAAGGGUGCUGGCUGGGAAGGGUGCUGGCUGGGAAGGGUGCUGGCUGGGAAGGGUGCUGGCUGGGAAGGGUGCUGGCUGGGAAGGGUGCUGGCUGGGAAGGGUGCUGGCUGGGAAGGGUGCUGGCUGGGAAGGGUGCUGGCUGGGAAGGGUGCUGGCUGGGAAGGGUGCUGGCUGGGAAGGGUGCCGGGAGGGUGA